CUCUUGCUGCAGAAGGAGCAGGACCCCAAUGCUGCUUCCCUUCUGGACAUCUUCAGUUACUGGCUGAAGUCUCCGGCAGCCAAGAAGAGAAAGCUGGUUCCCAAUGGCUCCCAGGCAAAGAGGAAACCGUCCUCCAGCAGCGAUGACAGCUCCAGCGAGGAGGACGAGACACCCCCAGCCAAGAAACCAGCUAAAGCAGCAGCUGUGCCCAAGGCAAAAGCAGUUCCUGCAGCCAAAAAGGCAGAGAGCAGCAGUGAGGACUCCAGCGAUGAUUCAGACUCGGAGGAGGAGAAGCAGCCAGCAAAGAAAGGUGCAAAACCCGUGGUGAAGCCAGCUGGAGCCAAAAUUCAGCCUCAGAAGAAAGCAGAGAGUUCCAGCUCUGACUCGAGCAGCUCGGAUGAAGAAGCACCAAAGAAACAACCACCAAAACCAGCAACACCUAAAUCAGGAAGUAAAGCUGCCCCGGCGGCCACCAAGGUGGUGAAUGGAAAAGCAGCGAGCAGUAGCAGCAGUAGUGAAGAUUCAGAUGAGGAAAAGGCAGCACCGAAAAAGGUUGUUCCCAAGAAAUCACCUCUGCAGAAACCUGCAGCCACUCAAGUAUGUCCAGGGAAAAACAAACGUGCCAAGGAAAGUUCCAGUAGUGAGGACUCAUCUGACAGCUCAGACGAUGAGAAACCACCUCCAAAACAAAAGCCGAAGUCUGGUCAGUACAGUGCUGUGCCACCUCCUCAAGCUGCGCAGGCGAAGAAAGGCAUUGCCAAGGCUCCUGCAAAGAAGGCUGAGAGCAGUGACUCUUCAGACAGCAGUGAUGAGGCAGAGCAGGCACCCCCAAAGGGAGGAGCAGGCAAAGCAGCAGUAGCUAAAACAGUCUCUGCCCCCCAAAACAAAGCUGCAGUGACCAAGAAGGCUGAAUCCAGUUCUGACAGUGACUCAGAUUCCAGCUCUGAAGAUGACAAGAAGAAGGUAGGGAGUAAAGUCCCAGCUAAACAACCUGUGAUAAAGAAUACUCCCAAACCGGCAAAAGUAGCUGUCAAGCCUGGACAAGCAAAGAAAGACUCCAGUUCCUCCUCAGACAGCUCAGAUUCUGAUAGCUCUGACAAGAAGGCCCCUGUGAAGCCCACAACUAAAGCAGCAACCCCUGCAACAAAGAAGUCACAAGCUGUCCCAAAGAAAGCACAAAGCAGCUCUGAUUCAGAUAGCAGCUCCAGCAGCUCUGAGGAUGAGAAGAAGAAGAAGAAAGGCACUCCAGCUAAAUUAGCUGGCAAAGUGGGUAAGCCAGUGUCCAAACCUUCUACCCCGGCUCCCAAAGCAGAGUCUUCUGACUCUGAUAGCUCAAGCAGUGAAGAAGAAAAGAAGCCAGCAGCAAAACCAGCCACCAAAUCUACAGGGACAGCGAAAGCAGCUGUGGGGAAGAAGGCAGCUGCUGCUGGUAGUAGUAGCAGCAGCUCAUCGGAUAGUUCCAGUGAAGAGGAUGAAAAGCCCAAAAAGGCAGGGAAAGGGGCACAGAACAGUUCUAAGACUGCCUCCAAAGAGAAACCAAAAACAUCCACUCCAGCAACAAACAACAAGUUGAAGCCAGCUGGUGGCAGCAGUACCAGCAGCGAGAGCAGCUCUGAAGAGGAGACUGGAAAAGUCAAUGGAGGCACAAUCGGGAAGAAACAGAAGAGGGAAGAUGUUCAGGAGCCAGAGACACCACAGAGUAAAAAAGCAAAGAUUAAAGCUAAAACACCACACACAGUUCCCAAGGUGAAACGGCCAGCCUCUCCGUUCCGCCGCGUAAGAGAAGAAGAGAUUGAGGUGGAUGCCCGUGUCGCUGAUAACUCAUUUGAGGCAAAGAAAGGAGCAGCUGGUGACUGGGGUGAGAAGGCUAACAAUAUCCUGAAAUUCACUAAAGGCAAAUCUUUCCGUCAUGAAAAGACCAAGAAAAAACGAGGCAGCUACCGUGGGGGCACUAUAUCCACCCAAGUCAAUUCCGUCAAGUUUGAAAGUGACUGAGAAUGUUUCCUUGGGAAUUCAUAAACCAUCUGCUCACCGGAGUGGCUUGGGAUAGGCAUGUGGACAUUAUGGAUGUGAAGCCUGCCUGGAAUGCUGCUUCCCCUAGACCAUUUGCGGGGCAGGCAGCUCCAGUGUCAGGAUGUGGGAAAAUGGUUAAAUGUUUCCCUCUUUUAUUUCUAAUUCUGGUUUUUAGGCCCCUACUUCGAAACCGUCCUUGAGCUGGUACCACUAGGCACCAGCUAGGGUGACCUCCAAGGCUUAAAUUUUCUACAGUCUUAUUUUAAAAGGCUGGCAGUACUUUUUCAUUUUGAUUUCCUGCCCAGAAAGUAGUAGAAGAAAAAGAAAUCAUUCUCAUACCUGUAUCUUAACCUCCUACUUAUUUUUCAGUCAGUUUAACUCGGAUACCUGUGAAUUGGCAAGUAUUGUAACUUGCCUCUGGCUACCUACUGUAAGAGCAACAACUGAUUUGAACCCUCUGGCUGUAAUCCCCGCCCCCACCUGACAUUUCAAGUUCACAGUCUCAGUGUGACAGGCUUCCUCUUUUCUGUUUUCCUUCUUUUAUAGUUUCACCUUGCAAUAAAUUCCCACCUUCCUCUUCCUUCCACUCCUGUUGAGGCCAACAACCAGAGGACUUAGAGAAGCAGAGUCUAAAUACACCUUAGUAGUUGAGUAACUGCAUUGUUUGCAGUUGCAAGUUGGGGGCUGUUGCCCAAAAGACCAAGGUCUGUAGCGCUACUGUGGCUCUCCUGAUACUGAUUUUGCUGGGAACAUAGCUGGGGAGUGGAGGUGUGCAGGAACUGCAUGGAGGUUGUGGUUGAUGGCUCAGAGGGAAUGGGUAAGGAGGCAGAGGAGAUAAAGCCCUCUUUGCCACCCAGCUCUGCUUUUUGCUGUGGUUUUGUUUCAGAGGCUCUGCCUGCGGUGUGGCAUUUCUCCUUGUUCUCCCAGAAUGUAAAACUUGCCAGCUUCUGCUUGCUCCCAGCAAUGUGCCGUGUGGCUUGGUAGGAGUGGAGAUGAAUGUAUCAUUGAUGCCUUAAAUUUCUUUUUUGGGUUGGAUCACUUGCUCUCUAAGCUGUUUUCCACCUGUUAAAUCCCUCUCAAGAAGUAAAAUGCUGCUUUCCCCAUAGCACCAAGGCAAGGCAAGCCCCGUGCUGGAAGGUUUGAAGUGUUCCCUGCAAGAACGUGGUCGAUAUGGGGAGCCUCAAACAAGUUCAGUAACUUGUGGCCUAAACUGGAAUUUCAUGAGCAGCUGAGGUAAUAUAAUGGCUUACUGCUGUUGAGAGGAGGGUUUGAUUUUUCCACACUGAAUUCCCACAUUUCCCUCAAUGGCUGCCUCGUUCCUGGUGUAAUUUGCAUCUGGUGUAAAAUGGUUCCCGCACAAUUUUCCCCCGUUAGGUGGGUUAAAUUAAUUUUAGUUUGUGGAGCAGUGUGUGUUUGGGAAACGGGGCUGUGGGAACUGCUCCCCCCACCCCGGUCCCAUGAAACUGCUGGACACCCAGAGAGGUUACCCAGGGCCUGAUUGCCAUGUUUCCAUUCCCUCCCACCCGAAGGGUGACAACGAGAAGAGCCCUGUUGUUAUGAGGAGGCUACAUUAGUGUGCAAAGCAGUGUCGCCUAAUUGAGGGUUGGAUGAGACUGGAUGAGCCACCCCCGUGUGUGUGAGCUGCACCUUGUUCCAGGGAGCAUUUUUCAGGAGUUCCCCCUCUGGCUUGCACAAUCAGGCUGGUGCCUGGAUUCCCAGCUGCGGUGUUCAGAGGCCCAGGAGACCACGGUUAUUACAAGGUGUUAAAGGUUAGAGGCCAAAGGAUGGUAGGAAGAGAGUGUUUUCUGCUUGGGGAUUUGAACAUCAUCUUGCUUGUGACUUGUAACUUGCCCUCUUUUUCCUUGUUUUUUUUGGUUGUUUUUUUUUUCUGUUAAUCAGGAACUUAACAUUUGUAACUCUUACCCCCAAAACAAAAGUUUUUAUAAAGUUUAUUUUAAGUGUGAGCAUACAUGUGUCUCGGGAAAUAAAGAUUGCUGCCUUUGUAGUCUGA